UCAUAUAAAUAAAUAAAUAAUAAAUCUCAUAUAACGCCAAUGCUUUUCCAACACAUCUCCCAUAUAGAAACGCCCUCCCCAACUCACCCAAUAGCCAACCAUCUCUCUUGAACGACAGGGUGAUGCCUUACACUCCUCCGAAAUCCUCCGUCCAACACCAGAGGCUGAGCGCUGCUGCCAGCGUCGGUGCCGUCAACGGGAACAGCAUGACCCAGGGGCCGAUCGCCGGAGGCAAGGUGGCGGCGGCGGAGGAGGAGCGAUGCACGGCGCACGCGGUGCCGGAGGAGGUGGCGCGUCACCACCAGCACGCGGUGGGGCCGCAUCAGUGCUGCUCCGCGGUGGUGCAGACCAUGGCCGCCCCCGUGCCGACGGUGUGGUCGGUGGUCCGUCGCUUCGACAAGCCCCAGGCCUACAAGCACUUCGUCAAGAGCUGCCACGUCCUCGACGGCGACGGCGACGUCGGCACCCUCCGCGAGGUACGCGUGGUCUCCGGCCUCCCGGCGGUGACCAGCACCGAGCGGCUCGAGAUCCUCGACGACGAGCGCCACGUCCUCAGCUUCCGUGUCGUCGGCGGCGAGCACCGCCUGGCCAACUACCGGUCGGUGACCACCCUCCACGAGGCCGCCGGCUGCGGCGGCGGCGGCGGCGGCGGGGGGACGGUGGUGGUGGAGUCGUACGUGGUGGACGUGCCGGCGGGGAACACGGGGGAGGACACAAGGGUCUUCGUGGAUACCAUCGUGAAGUGCAACCUCCAGUCGCUCGCGCGCACGGCGGAGAAGCUCGCCCGGCGCGGCGUCGCCGUCGCGAGGGCAGAGCCGUAAUUAGGUCCCGGAACGGGGGGGCCUUUUUUGCGAGCUUUGUGGUUUGUCUUUUUUUCCUCCCGACGGCGUGGGGACUACCGCGCCCACCCACUCCCACUUGAAACGAAACGACGACUCCGUCGUACCCCAUGGUGCUACCCUCAGCCCUCUUGUUCUUUUCCUCCUUUUCCUUCUUUUGUUUUCCGUUUUGGCCCUUUUCUUUUAGGAUAUAUACAAGUAUUACGGACCAUUGUGAAUAAUGUCUCUCUCUCCCUCUCUGUGAGAUUUGUUCAUACUCAGCUUUUAUACCCCCCCCCCCCCGCCCAAAAAAAAAAAAAGCAAGGCUCAUCAUUUUGAUUUAUAUGUGUGAUCCAAGGCGCAAUUUGCAAUGGAUGGUGUAUUUGAGUCUGAGAGUCUUGAUUUGUAUUAAGAUUUGAAAUAACAGUCAUAUUCUUACCAUGAUUUUAUUAUAUUUAUUCUUCUUAAAAGGCA